CUGUCGCCAUUUGCAUAAGCAGCAGCUCUCGAAAACUAUAAUCAAUAAGGGUGCUGUGGCACUGUGCCGUGCCGUGCUUUGCUUUGCUUUAAUUAUUAACCCUUGGUUAAUUAAAGCUGGGAGGAGAUUAAUAUAAAGUGGCGUUAUAAGUUAAAAGCAGUAGAUGAAGAAAGGAUGGCGUGUUGCUAUCAGGUUUCCUUGGGAGGAGGAAUAGUGGCUGUGGCCGCAUCUUCGUUUCCCGUUAAUUCAAAAUUAAAACCGUUUCCUGCUCUCAAAGCAGAGCUUCCCAAACCCAUGGCUUCUGAUCUCUCUCCUGACCGUUCGAUCUUCCACGAUGCCUCCUCCUCUUCUCCCCGCCGCGACCUCGUUUUCAUCGUUAAUCCCCGAGGGGCUAAUGGGAGGACAGGCAAGGAUUGGAAGAAACUGCUUCCUUAUCUCCGGUCACGGCUCGAUAAAAAUUGUAACAUAUGUGAAUCUCUGACUUCAGGUCCAUAUCAUGCAAUUGACAUUACAAGGGAGGCAAUAAGGGAGGGUGCUGAUGCUGUGGUUGCUGUUGGAGGUGAUGGUACUCUUCACGAGGUUGUUAAUGGAUUCUUUUGGGCUGGGAAACCUGUCGCCAAUCACAAUAGAGAGGCUACACGUUCAACUGCUCUAGGUCAUCACUGCAAAGCUAAGUUUCCAAUUCCAUGGCGUGGAUUUCUCAAGGUUAGAUAUAAUUAUGUUUUUAUCUUUCUACAGCUCAUACCCUUAGGGACUGGGUCUGACUUUGCUAGAACAUUGGGCUGGAAAAAUGAUCCUCGUGAAGCCAUUGAUCGAAUUGCUGAAGGGCUGAGAUCACCAGUAGAUGUUGGUGUAAUUACUGGAGAAAGUGAAGAAGAAUCUCAUUACUUCAUAAAUGUUGCUGAUAUUCAUCUGAGUGCCAAGGCUGGUUACUUUGCAUCACGAUACAAGAGAUUCGGAAACCUAUGCUAUGUUAUAGGUGCUCUGCAAGCUUUUAUGGGGCAUAAAAACCAAGACCUUAGAAUCAAGGUCAAUGAAGGUGAGUGGGAAACAUGUUCUUUAGUGACAGCUCUUUGUAUUGGAAAUGCCAAGUACUUUGGGGGUGGCAUGAAAAUUACUCCAAAUGCUGACCCUUCCAGUGGAAACUUUGAGGUUGUGAUUCUGCAGGACUUUAAGUGGUAUGACUUCAUUCUGAAGCUACAUAGACUGUACAAUGGGACACAUUUAUCAGUGAAGAAUGUAUCUUCAAGAAGUGUAUUUUCUAUUGAAGUGGAGGACAUUUCUGGCAGUGGAAGCAUUUAUGUUCAGUCUGAUGGGGAACAUUUAGGGUUUCUUCCCAGAAAGUUUUGUAUUUUGCCUUCUGCCAUUCAGAUGAUAUGCUGACAUGAAUCCACAAGAACAAUUCAAUUAGCAACAUGAGCUUGUGCAUUCGAUUUCUUCAAGCUGAUGCAUCUUAUUCACAUUCUUCGGAUGGAAAAAUAGCAGCAGGGGACAACGUAGAAAGGAGAGGCGCCCAUGAGUUUGCCCCAGCAGUGAUGAAGUACUUAACAUGAAUAGAGCCGGUGACAUUUUGAUGGUGUGGGAUAAUUUCUUGCGGCAUUUUUAGUCGCGCGAACCGUCAGUUUGAGGUUUUUGACAGUUGGAGGCUUUGUUUUCACUUGUUAUCGAGAUACGAGUCCGGAUAAUGCCACUGAGUUCAUGAGAGGCUGCAAUGGAACUUUGUUUUUUUAGACCGGUAUUAAAAGAUUUCAGGUUUUAUGAA